GCGCAUUUUACGCGCCGGCGUAACCAGGCUCCUGGGGUCGGAUCAUUUUAGGCAGAGAAAUGCGACUCCGCGGCAGGCCGAUGUCACCUUGCAGCAGACGAGAGAGCAUAGCCAUGUAACCGCAGCGGGUUUCUGAGAUCCAGGGAGGAUGAGGGCUGUAAACAGCCCGCCCGGCUUGCCAGCUCCCAGCGAAGCUGCCGACUCCUUGACCGUUUCCAAGCCCAUCACUGUGUGCGGGAGAGAGCCGGUCAUCGGAUUCCUGUAGACAGCUUGGCGGCUCCAGCGGGGACCGAAUAUCAGCAGGUUGGACAUGUAGGCACUUUGAGCAAGGACCCUGACCCAACGGAAGAAGGCGAUGCUGCACGAUCCGAUUCUUUGAUGCGCCAGAAUGUAUGGCUUCAUAAAUACCUGCCUGAAGUCAUUGGUGGUUGAAAAAUAUGGUGAAGAAACAUGGGAAAAAUUAAGAGUUCAGACUGGAGUAGAGGAUACCUUUUUGACAUUUGAAGUUUACAGCGAUGAGAUCACAAUGCAGCUGAUUGACAAGGCGUGCAAAAUGUUGGAUGUCCCUCCAGAUAUGGUUCUGAAGCAAUUUGGAGAAUACUUUUUCGAAUUCUGCAAGCGAUCCGGUUAUGAUCAUAUGCUCCGAACCCUGGGAGGAAAUCUCUAUGAAUUCAUAGAAAACCUGGAUUCCCUGCACAGUUAUCUGAGUCUUUCUUACGAGGAAAUGAAUGCUCCUUCAUUCAGGGUAGAAAAGAAUGAAGAUGGAUCAAUGCAUUUGCAUUAUUACUCAGACAGACGAGGCCUCUGCCAUAUUGUUCCGGGAAUCAUUGGUGCAGCUGCCUUGGAUUUUUUCAACAUUGAGAUUUCUAUGGAAAUUGUAAAUCAAACUGAAGAAGAAGAACGAACAGGGAAAAAAGAACACAUUGUAUUCCUUGUAACACAAAAGCCUGUAUUUUCAUACAAGAGGAAAAAUAAAUUUGCUCCUUCUUCACAUUACCUUUCAAAUUUUGGAAAGCAGACAGAAAAGCAGCUGGAUAAAGAGGAUCUUGAAAGAACUAUGAAUAGGAUCAGAGACAAAACCAAACUAGCUUCUACUUGCCCAGUCAAGAAAAGUCAUUGGGAAACAAUCAGAGGAAUUGUGACAAUAGGAAAAGGAAGACUUCUGAGAGGAUGUGAUCCCAUCUAUCCUAAGACUCUGUGGAUAGACCCCAAGACAUUCUGCAAUGGGCUUCCCUUCCAUAUUGUUUUUGAUGAAGAGCUCCGAGUAAAGCAAGCUGGAACCAGCAUCCAGAAGAUUGUGCCUGGCCUUCAAACUCAAGGCAUUCGCCUCAAUCAGUACUUCAGCAUCAUCCGCCCGGAAGUGAAAUUCACCAUCUCCAGCGUUCAGAAAUUUAUCAACAGCCAGUUUGUUUUCCGAACCAAGAGAGAGAUGAUGCCAGAGUCCUGGAGGCAGCGUCCCAUGUUGGAACUGAGAGGACAGAUGAUCUGGAUGGAGAGUCUUCAGUGCAUGCUCUACCUUUGCUCUCCUCUCCUGCGCACGCUGCAUGAGCUGGAAGAGAGGCACAUGCACAUUGCAGACAUAGCGCCCCACGAUGUCACCAGGGACUUGAUCCUUCUCAAUCAGCAGCGGCUGGCAGAGAUGGAGCUGUCCAACCAGCUAGAAAGGAAGAAAGAAGAGCUGCGGAUCCUCUCCAAGCAUUUGGAGGAAGAGAAGAAAAAGACCGAGGCCCUGCUCUAUGCCAUGCUUCCUAAGCAUGUGGCCAACCAACUCAAAGAAGGGAAGCGAGUGGAGGCAGGGGAGUUUAAGGAGUGCACCAUAUUAUUCAGUGAUGUUGUAACUUUCACCAACAUUUGUGCCCACUGUGAGCCUAUUCAGAUAGUUCUCAUGUUAAAUGCCAUGUACCUGCGAUUUGACAGGCUAACCACAGUGCACGAUGUUUAUAAGGUGGAAACCAUUGGGGACGCCUAUAUGGUGGUUGGAGGGGUUCCUGUACCUGUAUCCACACAUGCCGAAAGGGUUGCCAACUUUGCCCUGGGAAUGAUCAUUGCAGCAAAAGACAUAAAGAAUCCAGUCUCUGGAAAUCCUAUUCAAAUUAGAGUUGGGAUUCACACAGGACCAGUCCUUGCUGGGGUUGUUGGUGAAAAAAUGCCGCGUUACUGUUUAUUUGGAGACAGCGUGAAUAUCGCAUCCCGGAUGGAGAGCCAUGGGGUCCCAAGCAAAAUUCACCUGAGUGCCAGUGUACAUCAAUGCCUCAAGGAUAAGAAUUUUGAAAUGCUGGAAAGAGGAGAAAUUGAUGUGAAAGGCAAGGGGAAAAUGAACACUUACUUCCUGAUUCGAAACACAGUUGCAACUGAGAACGAGAUCAUGGGAAGGCCAACCAGGGCCCCUGAACCAAGCCAUGAAACUGCUCAGUCCACUCAGAAGUGCAGACAGGAGGUGGCUCCAAACCCAUCCUCACAAGACAUUCAGCCAAACCCUGAUGAGGAAAUGCUUCCUGUCCUUGCCAUGAAGUAUGCUGACAGUCCCAUUGAAUCACACACCAGUCUCAAAGAAAGAAAUCAAACAAGACUGAAGGACUUGGCAGGCAAACUUCAUGAUGCAGAGACCCAUGAAAGUCUCCAUGGUGACCAGCAGGCAAGCAGAGAUCCUUAUCAUCUUAUGCAAGGAAGAAACAAGCCAGUAGCUGAGGAACCUCGGAUCAGGAAUGUCAGAUCCAAUUUCUGCAAUUUACUUUAAGCACCUGAAUGUUCAUGUUGAAUGGUACCAGUAUGUCCUGUGGUAUAAUAUUUUCCUAUUGCCCUUGGAGUCCUGACUUGGCAUACACUUUUUAAAAAGUAUGUGCUCUAAACUGGAUGGCCGUACAUAUCUCUUGUGGCAAUAAUGAAAUCACCUCUGGCAUUUCUUGAUCACAGUAUUGAAUUGUCUUACGUAUGUGAAUGUGAUACCGUUCGUUGUGUGAGGCAGAAAGUACUGUAUUCCGGGUAUGCCAUAAUAUUUAAAAGUGUGCAUUUAUUGUAUCCCAAAGUGUUUCCAAAAAGCCUAUUCUAAGUGGCUAUGGGCAGUAUAACAGUGCAUGUGUAUUGGCUCAGGGAGACAUUUCAGUGCAACAUAAUGUGUGCUGUGUCUGUAGUCACUGGUCUGUUACACAGUAGUCCUACAGAAGGAAACAAGAAGGCAGCCCUCCCUCCCCCACAGAUGAGACAUUUAACCAGAAUCCGGGACAAUUUUGGCCAAUCUGAGGCUUCAAGUGCAUGCACAGGCUGCAAAAAGAAGGUCCCAGUUAUUAUUUAGGUGGGAAAUGGAACAUUUUCAUUUUCUCUGAUAAAAACAGAACCCGGUUCUUUCUAUGAUGCUGAUCAGCAUUAGGUUUAAAAUGGAUAAAAUAAAGUACUUCUUCACAAAACAAAAAAUCAACUUCAUUACUACUAUCUGAGAUGGCUAUUACAGAUCAAAGAUGGAACCUAGAAUUCUCCUGGAAUUACAACUGAUCUCAAAGGUGCAGAGAAGUAAAUGGCUGCUUUGGAGGACAGAUCCAAUGGCAUUAUACCCCGUUGAGCUCCAUUCUUUCCCCAAGCCCACCCUGCAGGCUCCCACCAAAUUUCCCAACCUGGAAUUGGCAACCCUACUUAUCAAUGGCUGUUUGGCAUAAUAGCAAAAUAUUACACACAGAAGACAAAAGCAAGGAUAUACCAUCACUCUCAUGCCUUCUUUGUGACCAUCCAGAAGCAUCUGGUUGGCCAUUGCUGAAAGCCGGACUGGAUGGAUGGCCUUUAGUCUGAUCUAGCAAGGCAUUUCUUAUGAGCCUCCUUCCUAUAUUUGUAAAAUGCCACAAUUACUAUGACUUAGCCACAUUUUAAAUUUAGUUAGGACCACUUCUCUCUAAACCAUUAUUCUUUCCCAGCACCUAGUCAGAUAGUGGUUCAUGUUUGCAUACCCAUCCCUACAUUGGAGGAAAAGCUACUAAUAUGUUCACAUUUGGGGAAUUCAUCACAUGAGAAGCAACUGAAGUGUGA